AGGGGGAGGGGCGGCUCCUGCCCGCUCCCUGCGCUCUGUCGGACGCAUCGGGGUCAGCGCAGCGAUCGCCCCCUCAGCCCCCCCGCCCCGGCUUUAACGGGAUGAGAUGAAGACUAUCUGAAAAUUCCCAUUCUGCUCUUAAGUAACCAUCCUUGUGUAAAUGGCUUGAUCUAGCACUGUCAUUAGCUCAAAGCCAGCCAGUGAUUUCAAGAAGUUAGAGCAAUUGCCAGUGUUAGCUGUGUUCCUGGGGUUGUGUUUUAGUUGAAGAUCCCAAUAUCUGAAUACCUGCAGUAAGUCUUGGGAUUGCUUUGUUUCACCAAAGCAAUGGCUUGUCAGGAGUUUACUGUCUUGUACACUCAUCAGAAGACUAAGAAAUCAAAAAUAUGGCAAGAUGGAGUUUUGAAGACCGGUAUUGGAGGAAAUAAGGUAACCUUAUUUGAUGACAGAGGACAAUGUUUGGAGAGUCUAUUUGUUCAAUCUCAGGUGAAACCUGGAGAUGACUUAGAAAGCGAUCGAUAUUUAAUCACAAUUGAAGCAGCAAAAGUUACUGAAAACUGUUGUAGUGAGCUGCCAAAGAAAACAGAAGCUCCUAUAUUGAACAGAAAUAGUUUGAAGCCCACUGGUCUAUCUCUGCCACAUCUACCUGUUGGCUUGAAAAGGAAACACACUGGCUUCCAAGGGCCACGUCAAGUUGAAAAGAAAAUGGUGCCAAUGGAAGAUGAUGCAGCAAUAAUAAUAUCCCCUACAUCCAAGUGGUCUCAGUCUUCCUUUCCUUCUCAGUUGCAUAUCACCUCUCCUUUAUUUUCUACUACUUGCAAGAAGGAUGCAGAAACUAAUUUAUCACACUCUAAUAAUGAUGCUUGCACAAGUAGCGAUAGAGACGGUAUGUCUGUCUCCUCACUGGUUUCCACUUCUUAUAUUGGCAUUCCCAAAGAGGUGAUACAUAAUAGAAACCAAAGCAUCUCCAUUUCUGGACAGAUGGAAUCAAAUUGUCAGACAAUCAAUGGUGUGGCAGUCUCACAGAACAUCAGGAGCAAAGCACAGAUUAUAGCACUUCUGAAAUCCAAGCCAACACAACUGUGCAAAGAGCAAAAACCUUCUGAAAUCACAGAGUGUUUUUCUGGAUGUCAGCCAUCAGAAAACACAGGCAUUUUAUUUAAACAAAAGAGUGAAACUCUAUCAGGACAUAUGGAUAACUCUGACAGAGAAAGCACCAAGAAUAUACAGCACCAGUAUACUACAGAGAAAACUAUAACUAAUAAUCAUUGGGAUGUUUAUAUGCUGCCAAAUUCGGCUGAACUAUCUUGUGAUGAAGAAGUUACAGUAAGGAGACAUGACAAAACAAGUAAUUUAGGUUUGGAUUUACAAGACCCUUACAACCCAAAGGCUUCACAGUUCAUGACAGCCUUUGUGCAGCCUGUUGAAAAAGAGCUAAAUUACAGUCGCAUGGAACUAACAGAUCAUGAGAGGCAAUACAGCUGGGAUUGUAAAACAGUUUCUCAAGCAUCUGCAUCCAGUAGAACUGACUGGGCAACUCAACUGUCAACUAUUAAUGAAAGUUUUGGCAAAGACCAGCCCAAUACUUGUGUAUUAUCUGAAUCAAACAUAAAUAAAGAGAGUAACAUUCAAUUUGUCUCAUCUUCAGAAGAUGUUUAUUGUAGAAGCACAAAUGGGUCCAUUACCUUUGAAACAAAUCUCCCCAAAUCCAAUGAAAAUGUAGUAACUGAGAGUCUUAAAGAUUCAAAAGUUUCUUCUGCUCAGUCACAAAGUGAACCUCUGCCAAGAAUAAAUUCAGGAAGUGUAGUUAAUGAGUCUAGGAUUUCUGAGCACGUAACGUGGGCUGGUUCUGGAGCUAUAAAUGAGGAAUUAACUGUAUGUAGAGAUGUUAGUGAUCAAGCUGAACAGUUCAUGGAGAUUAACUUCAAUCUAUUGGAUGCUUUUGAUUUUAGUGACACAGAAGAUAAAGUAGUAUGUGAAAGUAACAUGUUUUCACAGGGUUCAGCAUGCUUGACAAAGGGAGCUAUGGCACAAAAUGGUGAAAGGAGGUUUCAUAGGAACUGUGAAGUAAUGCUACAUAGUAAUGAGGAAAGAGUUGUCAAAUAUUCAACAAUGGUGGGAGAGAGAGACGAUAAUCAGAUCAGAGAGUCUCUGCCAUUAAAACUUUGUGAUGAAACCUGUGAAGGUUGUGACAGGAGUGAGAAAGAUGUUUUAACUCCUUUGAUUGAACUGGGACACUCAGGGGCUGAAAACAUUGUAGAAGGGAUGAAUGCAAGUACAUUAAAUACUGAAACCACUGGCAGUAGGAAAGGCCUUGAUUUCUCUCCAGUGUGUACCAUUAGUGACUUAAUAGUGAAUAAAAAGUGCUGUAAUAAUUUUGUGCACAGUGGAGCCAGUAACUAUGAAUGUGAUACUAGGAACAACAAGUUUGAGAAAACUGAAAUUAUUUCAUAUAUUCCUGCAACUUUACAGACUUAUGUCAUGGACAAAAAUCCUGAAAAAGAUGUUUCCAGAACUGCCACUCACCCUUUAACAAAAAGGCAUUCAACUUCAAAGGAAGCCGGAAUAGGUGAAACUGAGUUUGAAAAUGGAUCAAGCAUCAUGCCUUCCAUCCGUGAAGUCAGGGAAGGUGAACGAAUGGGAACUGAUUGCUUGAAACACUUGGCUCAAAUUGAUAAUUCAUCAGGGCUUCCUGAGUUGGCAAAUGGCAUUACUCUUUUAAGAUCUUUGACUGAACAUAAGACAGCAUUAGAGAGUUUACAAAUGUUGGAGGACAAUAAUGGUUUGCUUUAUCAACGAGAGACUACUAAAGAGAAAAGUGAACCAGCUGAAGAAUUGGAAGCUAGGCAACAGUUAGCUGAAGUGUCUUAUUCAGAAGAUAUGCAGAGCUCUUAUUUGUACCUUGACCCUCCUGAAGUGGUGCAAUCUUCCAUGAACAACGAAGUAAAGAAAUCUGUUGCUGCUCUCGUAGCUGUAGCACCAGGUCAGGGAACAUUUGACCACCAAUCAAAGUCCCCAGGCUCAAGCAGUCUUACAGAAGAUGAUCUGAACUUUAUUACAGAAGAUAAUUUUCAAAAGAAAUGUGACUUUAUUGAAGACCCAAUCCCCAGUGCAUCUCCAGUGAUGUUGAAUUUUACAACAUCUUCUCAUUCAGAUUUUAAUUUGGGACUGACACAGUGGACUUCCUGGGAGCCCAACAAGGUGUUAUCAGUGCAGCAGGUUCCUUCUUUGAAUUCUGAUUCUAUGUUCCCAACUCCAAGGAGUGAAGAAAAUAGGAUAGACAUACAAGAACAGAAGUCCCUGACAUCCAGAUGUUUACCAAGUGAUAAAGAUAAUUCAGCAUACUUUUUCAGAAUAGAAGAGUCCUCCUGUUCAGGAGAUGGCAACCUCUCAAGACUCCCGUCCACACUUAGAACAAGAACGCCACUUAUCACUGUUCCUGCCACUGAGGAGAUUCCUGACUCAGAAGUUUAUUAUUCAGGUGUAAUUGACUGUGAGGAAGUCCAGCAAUCCUUUGGCUCUCCAACAGUCAACUUUUAUGACAAGUCAGGAGAAUUUCCUGUCUGUGCUUUUGGGCCCGAGGACAGGAAGUAUGAAACCUCUGUGCCUGUAGAGUGCUUGGAAGAAAGAAAAGGGGAGUUUAUACAGCCAGUGUUUUCUAAUGCGACUUCACAAAACAGACAAAGCAAGUGGCUGAAAUAUCAAAACAGGGCUCAGUGUGAUUUGAUAACUCAAAACAGAGGUGAUGUGAAAGUGACUGAUUACUUCUGUGCUGAGAAUGUCUUUGGAAUGCCACAUGCUGACACUAGAGAGAGUCAGAGUGAUGCCAUGAAUAAAAGCCUUCCAGACUCUGUGCAUCUGCAGAUGAUAAAAGGCAUACUUGGUAAACAUGGCAGAAAUUUUAGCAGCCAAGAUUCUGUUUCAGAAGGGAAGAUAAUUUCUCUGCACUUAAACCAGAUUCCUAUUGCUGAAGAAGCACAAAAGGUGUUAGGUCAGCUGACUCACCGUGGUGUAAUAGGAGGCACCCAGGACAUAUCUAUCUCUGAGCUGUCUUUUCCCAGUGGGGAUAAAGUAAAAUGUACUAAUCUUCCUAAAAGGCAGACGUAUAUACCUACUGUGUUUCAAUCUUAUGUUCAUUACAAACAGAUCUUUACAGCUGCUUUGACAGAGCAAUUAAACAUACUGCUUUUUGAGCUGUCACAAAGGCUACACAAGGCUCUUUCCAAAGUGAACACAUCAUUUUGCAAGUCAGUGAAAGGUGGGCGAGAAGAAAGUAAGGAAAACUGUGUUCCACUCUGCAAUCACAAUCAUCCAGCAAAGCUUGUUAUGGUUAAAAAAGAAGGUCAAAAUAAGGGUCGCCUUUUUUAUACCUGUGAUGCCCCAAAAACUGACCAGUGUAAAUUUUUCAAGUGGAUAGAAGAAGUGAACCCAGGACAGCUAAAAUCCAGACACAGUCUAGUGCUUCAUGAUAUAAAAAGUAUUGGAGCUUACCUCAGAUGUCAAAAGAUUUCUCUCUAUGAGGACUGCCAGCUUUUGGUGAGAAGAGCCUUUGAUGUUCAAAGAAAACAUUGUAGUAAGCUAAAGAAAUUGAUGAUUGCAAAUGCCAAAUUUGAUGGGGAUUCUAAAAGCAAGUUAUAUCUUAAAUUGAGCAGAAAGGAGUACUCCUCUGUAUACAGCAAAGAUGACCUUUGGGUUGUUUCAAAGACUCUAUUCUUUGAAUCCCUGGACACUUUCAUUGCAUGUAGUGCUUUCUUUGGACCAUCAUCUAGCAAUGAAGUUGAAUUAUUGCCUCUGAAAGGCUAUUAUCCCUCAAAUUGGUGUUCAAAUAUGAUUGUUCACGCCUUGCUGGUUUGUAAUGCUAGCACUGAGCUCACAACUUUGAGAAAUAUGCUGGAGUACUUCAAUCCAGCUACGGUACCACUAAUGAAAUACCUACUAAAAAUGCCUUUCAGAGCCGAACAUGCUAACAGAGUCAACAAAAGAAAAUUUAUUCCGCCAGCUUUAAAUACCAAGACCACAAUGAUGUGUGGACUUCUCAGUCCAGAAGUAACACUAGGAUUAGCCAGAAAGAUGAUCCAGACAUUCCAGCUGAACCCAGAUCAAGCUUCAGCACUGAUUCAAAUAGCUCAGAUGAUGGGAUCACAUGAAAAUGAUGUACAAAUGGAAAAACAGCAGGCCUUCCCUAUCACAAUCAUACAUGGAGUUUUUGGAGCUGGAAAGAGCUAUUUGCUGUCUGUUGUGGUCUUGUUCCUGGUACAGUUAUUUGAAAGCAGUGAAGCAGCUGAAGGCACAAGACCAACCCCAUGGAAACUUCUGAUUGCUUCUUCCACUAAUGUUGCUGUUGACAGGGUACUUCUUGGUCUACUAGAUCUUGGAUUUGAGGACUUUAUCAGGGUUGGAAGUGUUAGAAAAAUUGCCAAGCCAGUUCUUCCUUACAGCUUACAUGCUGGCUCCGGCAGUGAAAAUGAACAAUUAAAAGAACUGCUUGCCAUGAUGAAAAAAGAUUUAACUCCUGCAGAAAAAAUAUAUGUGAGGAAGAGUAUUGAACAUCAUAAGCUGGGAACCAAUAAAGCUAUUCUGCAACAGGUGAGAGUGGUUGGAGCAACCUGUGCUGCCUGCCCAUUCCCUUCCAUGAAUAACCUUAAGUUUCCUGUGGUGGUACUGGAUGAGUGCAGUCAGAUGACAGAACCUGUUUCUCUCCUUCCCAUUGCAAGGUUUGAGUGUGAAAAGCUGAUUCUAGUUGGAGACCCUAAGCAGCUUCCACCAACUAUUCAAGGGUCUGAAGGUGCUCAUGAUAAUGGAUUGGAGCAGACUCUCUUUGACCGGCUUUGCUUGAUGGGACACGAUGCAGUCUUUCUUAGGACACAGUAUCGCUGUCACCCUGCUAUUAGUGCUGUAGUCAAUGACCUGUUCUAUGAAGGAAAUCUGUUGGAUGGCAUUUCAGAGAUGGACAGAAGUCCUCUAUUGGAUUGGCUUCCAGCACUAUGUUUCUUUAAUGUUAAUGGGACAGAGCAGAUUGAAAGAGAUAAUAGCUUUUAUAAUAUGGCAGAAGUUUAUUUUAUAAUCAAGCUUAUCCAGUCUCUGAUUGCGAGUGGAAUAGAGGGAUCCAUGAUUGGGGUGAUUACACUAUAUAAAUCACAGAUGUAUAAGAUUUAUAAUUUACUUAGUGCUGUCCACUCGGAUGCUCUUGAGAUUAAAGCUGUCCAAGUGUCUACUGUAGAUGCAUUCCAAGGAGCAGAAAAGGAAAUAAUUGUUUUGUCAUGUGUGAGAACAAGACAAGUUGGGUUCAUAGACUCAGAAAAGAGAAUGAAUGUGGCUCUGACACGAGGAAAGAGGCAUUUGUUGAUUGUGGGAAAUCUGGCCUGUUUGAGUAAGAACAAACUAUGGGGAUGCGUAAUUCACCACUGUGAAGGAAGAGAGAAUGGAUUGCAACAUGUGAGCCAGUAUGAACAACAACUGAACAACAUUCUUAAAUAUUACUUGGAGAAAAAGAAAGAAGAAAAGAAUAAGCAAAAGAAAGAAAUCAAAAAAUCUCUUUCACAUCAGAAAAAGUGCUGCUGCCCACCUGAAUGAUAUGAAUACAACUUCAUAGCAUGGUAUUCCAUGACAGAGCUGGAUGUAAAAGAGGAAACCUGUACAUUAGACAAGAAGUCUGGAAACUAACCAGAACAGCCUCUUAUAAAAUGACCAAAAAACAACCAGAGAAGCCUCUUGUAACUUACUGAAAAUAUAUUUUAUCAAAGAAUAUGUCUAGGUCCCAGGUCCAAGAAUGUUUUGUAUUGAAAGUGUUAGUAGUUUGGAAAAUUUGCUUAGUUAAGAUAUUGAAGCCAUCCUUUCUAGUUUCUGAAACAACUUGAAACCAGUAAUCAGUAUUUCUUGUAUAUCAUGUAGAAAACGUGGUUUUGCAAUGUGAUUUUAUAUAAUAUGCAUGUGUUGUUGUUCAUUGUACUUGUACGUUCUUCCAGAGCCUAAAAAUGAUCUUGAUUAAAAUAAAUA